AACUCCACCGAGAGUCCCAGAGAAGACGCUCUUCACCAGUGCAGCGCUGAUUCAACCCUCGGAAGCGCUCAGACUGAUGUUUGUUUGAAGGACGGUUGAGGUUUCUGCUCGUGUGAGAGUUAGCGAGCGCUGGAUGAAGCCGACGGGAAGAUCUCACAAAGCCGUGCAAGUUAAAUUUAAUCUCUGGACAGCUUCCAGUUGUAGCCUGCAGGGGUUUGAGCUCUGCGUCAGAACAGCCGUGGUUUACCAUUUGUUCUGCGGGAUCAAAGACUUUUAUGUUAAACAGAAUUUACAGCCGCCAUAGAGCUCGCGGUCUUGGAGCGGCGUGGACGGGUCAGAAGAGCCGCUGCUUCUGAGGGUCAAACAGUCACUGGAUCUGACCACGUUUGCUGGGAGAGUGAAAUUAAAUCUUUAAAACGUACUCAGAGAUGCUCAUGUAUAGCUGCAUAUUCCAUUGCUGAUUUAUGUGCACUAUAUAUGUCCUCAAUGCACUGAACAAAAUUAUAAUACAUUUUAAGGUAAGUGGUUGCAAACAAUUUAUUUUAGCUACAUUUAAAAUGUUGAAAGUUAGUCAACUAAAUUUGUUUAUUUAAAUGUAGCUAAAAUAAAUAGAUUGCAACCACUUACCUUAAAAUUGAGUAAAUUCAAUGAAUCAUUUUUUCAGUGUGUGCUAUUGGCAGGACUGAAUUCUGUCUGUAAAGUCUACAAGUCUACAAACGUUUACACUUUUUUUAUUACAUUUUUUUUUCUUCUGGACUUUUUGUACAAUUAUUUAAUUUUUUGUCUUUUUUUUUUGCCCCAUAAGCUACCUUUUCAGUUAGGGCCCUAUGAAAUCCAUUUUAUUUUUCGCUAAAUUCUGUCUUUUCCAUUUAAUUUUUUUCUGGAAUCAGUGUUAUAUAAUUUACUACAAAUUCAGCAUCAAAAAAGGUGUCUAAUGAAAUAAAUUAAACUUUUUAAUAAAUUUCAUCAACCUUCUAAUAUCUAGUCAUAUGAGAAUUUAACAGUUAAUUUAUAACAGAGCAAUGCAUUUUUAUUUUUAGCCAAAUAAGAUGCUGCACAACAGAACUGUAUACAUUAGAAAAUAUAUUGGGUCUGUGUAAUUGCUCAAUAAUAUUAUUAUCAUUAUUAUUACAUUGAUAAGUAGGCUACAUUUUUGUAUACAGUAGUGAUAUAUUUCUUAUGUUGGCGGUUUGUGCUGAAGAUCAGUGUGUGUUUGACGUGGGUUUUUUCUCAGAGUAAAGCUGAAGCCACUCUCAGAGCAGCUCUGGAGAUGAAGUUCACGUGCUCAUAUAUUGAGACGCAGACACUGAAAACAUGUUUGAUUAAGCCUAGUGUGUUUGAACCCCUACAUGACUGCACUUUCUCCCAAACUGUGAAUCCAGUCAAAUUCAAAUUUGGUUUCUGUUGAUUUUGACGUUUGCGUGUGCAUUUACUGCACUGGAACCCUAACUCAUAUUUCCACUCUAUAUGCUCUUUACAUGUGUUUCUACUGCUUUGGCUUGGAUUCCCAGUGAAUGUGUGCGCUGACGCUGCUGUGCUCUUUGAAUGCUCGCGCUUGCAACAGACGCUGCGCUUCGGGGUCGUGUCUGCAGCUUGUCUGUAGAGGAACUGGAGCGUUUCAGCUGUUAAGCAUUAGUGUUGUUUUCACACACAUCUGCACUGGCGCAAGCUUCAUUUAACAUCGAUCAGCCGCGCAAUCUGCUGCCGCCACCCUCCGUAAGCGGCUUGCGGCCUGCGCUAACCCAACGCCCGUCAUUUGCCUGUCUUUGACCCGCGGCCUGUCCUUCCGCAGAUGUCCUGACCCGCGACAGCUGGAGGCUCGUUCCCGCGCCGUAAGACGGCCAAUCAGCACAGACGACGGCUUUAGAGCCUAACCCUAACCCCACACAACAGCUACUGUCAGCUCCGUCAACUUCCCCUUGUACACAGUGUGGAGUCUGACAUCAAGCAUCACGCGUUCACAGCUGGCUAGUCUAAUGGUUUAUUUGCUUGUUCUAAGCAAAAACUUACUUAAUUUUGACUAGUUUUUCUGAAAACGACAAUAAUGUUUACUUGUCAAGAAAAUCCUUCUUGAUUUAAGAAUUUUUAGAUAUCUUGGUUGGAAACAAGACACAAAAUCUAUGUAAGAAAAGCAUUUUUUUGCAGUGUAUUAACAAUGUUUUGAAGAAUUUCUAUCAAAUGCAAGAAGUGUUUCAAUAUCUAGAGCUGUUUCUGCAUUGAGACAAACGAUAUAUGACGUAUUUGACUGUGUUUGUGUUCAUGUUAUCGUAUGUUACACGGAUCUCUGGACCUCAGCAGUGCUUCUGGACAUUUGACUGUUUAUAUACAGUUUGGAAUACCGGAUCAGACCGCUGAGGAUUAUGAAAACCAGGACAUGAAGCUCAAACACAUCUAGAAAAAAAGAGAAACGAGUGUGUGUGUCUGGCGUCAGUCGUCGAGGGUCAUGGCUGUCUGGGGCAGAGGGUCGCUCCGCUCCUCGCUGCUGCUCUUCAUCUUCCUGCAGAACUCCUGCGACUCCUUGCUGGCGCCGAGGUUCACUAAGAUUCCCACGGAUCAGAUCGGCGUGUCCGGCGGAGUCGUGUCGUUCGUCUGUCAGGCCGCAGGCGACCCGAAGCCUCAGGUGUUCUGGAACAAAAAGGGCAAGAAAGUGAAUUCACAGAGGAUCGAGACCAUAGAGUUUGAUGAAGGGGCGGGAGCAGUGCUGCGUAUCCAGCCACUCAGAGCGCCGCGGGACGAAAACGUUUACGAAUGCGUUGCCAAAAACACAGAAGGUGAAGUCGCUGUGACCUCCAAACUGUCCAUCAUCAGAGAGGACCUGCUGCCCUUCGGCUUCCCCAGCAUCGACAUGGGUCCUCAGCUGAAGGUGGUGGAGCGAACCCGGACCGCGACCAUGCUGUGCGCCGCCAGCGGGAUCCCCGACCCCGAGAUCUCCUGGUUCAAGGACUUUCUGCCGGUGGAGCCGGCGCUCAGCCAAGGGAGGAUCAAGCAGCUGCGAUCAGGUGCGCUCCAGAUCGAGCGCAGCGAGGAGACCGAUCAGGGGAAGUACGAGUGCGUGGCGUCUAACUCUCAAGGCGUACGCUACUCGUCCCCUGCUAACUUAUACGUGAGAGAGCUGCGAGAAGUUCGCCGCGUUCCCCCUCGCUUCACCAUCCCUCCCGUGAGCCACGAGAUCAUGCCGGGCGGCAGCGUGAACAUCACCUGUGUCGCGGUCGGCUCUCCGAUGCCUUACGUGAAGUGGAUGCUGAAUUCGGAGGACCUGACGCCGGAGGACGAGAUGCCCGUGGGCCGGAACGUUCUGGAGCUGAACGGCGUGCGCGAGUCGGCCAACUACACCUGCGUCGCCAUGAGCAGCCUGGGAAUCAUUGAGGCCGUGGCGCAAGUCGUUGUUAAGUCUUUACCCAGAGCUCCUGGUACACCCAUCGUCACGGAGACGACCCCCACCAGCGUCACCAUCACCUGGGACUCUGGGAACCCCGACCCUGUUUCCUAUUACAUCAUUCAGUACCGUGCCAAAUCUCCAGACAGCAAGUACGAGACGGUGGACUCUAUCACCACCACCCGCUACAGCAUCGGCGGCCUGUACCCCAACACCGAGUACGAGAUCCGCGUGUCUGCCGUCAACACCAUCGGCCAGGGUCCACCCAGCAACAGAGUGGAAGCUCGGACCGGAGAGCAAGCGCCCGCCAGCCCACCGCGGAACAUCCAGGCCCGCAUCAUAUCGCAGAACGCAGUGAUGGUGCGCUGGGACGAGCCGGAGGAGCCCAAUGGCUUGAUCAAGGGCUAUCGAGUUUAUUACACCAUGGAUCCUUCGCAGCCGAUGAGCAACUGGCAGAUCCACAAUGUUCAGGACAGCAUGAUAACGACCAUCCACAGCCUCGUGCCGUCUGAGACGUACACCAUCCGUGUGCUGGCCUUCACGUCCGUGGGAGACGGACCCUUCUCUGACCCCGUUCACGUCAAAGUGAGACCUGGAGUUCCUGGGCAGCCAGGGAAGUUCCAGGUGGGUAAAGUGACCGAUACCAGCGUCGAGUUGACCUGGGAACCUGCGUACUCCAAAGAGCCCGUGAAAGCCUACGAACUCAUCUACAAAGCUCCAGAUCUCGGCAUUCAGGAGAAGAGGAAUUUUGAGCCCAGAACGUCGUAUGUGGUGGUGGGUCUGCGCGCCAACACCGAAUACACCUUCUCUCUGGCUGCCGUUUCCAAUAAAGGCAUCGGCGCCUUCACCAAUGAGAUCAACCAACGCACGGCACAAGCAAAGCCCUCGGUUCCCCCGCGCGAUCUCCGCUGCUCCGCUGCUGGCUCCACCUCGCUGUCGGUGAGCUGGGCUCCGGCCGCGGAGGAGCCGCUGGGGUACGAGGUGCGGUUUGGGAGCGGCGGUGACCCCCCGCAGACGCUGCGUCUGGAGCCGGGCGCGGGCCGGGCGCUGCUGAUGGGCCUGCGACGCUGGAGUCAGUACCUCGUGACAGUGGCGGCGAUCACGGCUCAGGGCAGCGGACCGGAGAGCGCGGCGGUAGAGUGCAGAACAGAUGAAGAUGUGCCCGGAGCUCCGCCCCGUCAGGUGGAAGUCCAGCCCAUCAACAGCACGUCUGUUAAAGUGUCGUGGCGCUCCGUGUUGCCAGGGCAACGGAACGGGCAGAUCCGUGGUUACCAGGUUCACUAUGCGCGCAUGGAGAACGGGGAGUCGCAAGGCCUGCCGCGCAUCAAAGACAUGAUGCUGGACGAUGAGCAGAGGGACGCGGAUGAGACGGCGCAAUAUGAACUGAUGCUUGAGGAUCUGCAGCCUGAGACGCUGUACUCCAUCAAUGUGGCGGCCUACACCAUUAAAGGUGAUGGAGCUCAAAGCGUCUCUCAUCUGGUGCGGACACCCGUCGCAUUACCUGCUCGUCCCGUUCUGUCCGUGCAGCUGGUUAAUGAGACGUCCGCUGCGUUGAUCUGGACUCCCCAACAAUCCUCCAACCCUCUGCUGGAGAUCCUGGGCUUUCGUCUGACCUACGGCCUUAAAAACGACUCUCAGUCUGUCUCUCUGGAUUUCAGACCUCAGGAGCGUCAACACAACGUGACCGGCCUGCGUCCUGGAGGCGUUUACUCAUUCCUCCUGGCCGCUAGAGGGCGCUCCGGUUACAGCGAAGAGGCUCUGGAGCAGCUUUCGGUGCCCGAGUUUCCUCCAAAAGGUUUUCCGCAGCUGUCGAGCGUCAACGCCACCUGCUGCUCGCUGCAGUUCACCUGGCUUCCUCCGAACGGCUCGGAACGGAACGCAGUUUUUACCGGAUACACGCUUGCGUAUGAGGAAACAGGUGGUGGCGUUGAGCCUCGGACGCUGAUGGUGCCGGCGGACGUGUCCAGCUACACCAUUCACGGGCUGAAUCCUGACCGGGCGUACGCUGUGAGGAUAUCGGCUCACAACGGCGCUGGGUCGGGCCCGUAUAGCCCACAGGUGCUGUACCGAACCACGGCCUUCGACACAGACGUGCCGAGGAAUUUCUCGGUGAAUCUGGCGACGAAGACGAGCGUGUUGCUGACGUGGGAGUUUCCGGAGAGCAGCGCCCCCUAUCGCUUCACUGUGGAGUACAACCGGCAGAAGAUGGAGGUGGACGCGCGUCUGAGGAAGGCUGUUAUCCCAAACCUGCAGCCGGACACCAGCUACGACUUCAAGAUCACCAGCCCUGAGGGGAACAUGGGCGGACUCAGACACCGCAUCCACGCCAAGACGUCUCCUCCCAUCCUCAUCCGCCGGCCCGAGGUGGACCACACGCGAGAGACCGAAGCCACGGUCACCAUCAUCCUGCCCUCGCUGGACGCCAGGAGCAACGUCAGGAACAUCUACGUGGUGGUGGUUCCUCUGAAGAGAGCCAGAGGAGUGAUACGGCACCUGAAGAGCCCGGACGAGAUGGACCUGGAGGAGCUGCUGAAGGACAUCAGUCAGAAGCAGCGAGAUCCGAGGCAGCGGCAGGUGGAUCUGAGGAGAGCGUACAUCACCGCCCGCUUCACGCCCGCCUCCCUGCCCGCCUUCUUCACGCUCGGAGACCAGCUGGACUACGGAGGCUUCGAGAACCGCGCCUUAGAACCGGGUCAGGAGUAUGUGUUCUUCAUCCUGGCAGAGCUCAACUCCACCACCGGGAAGAUGUUUGUGGCCAGCCCUUACACUGACCCCGUGAUCGCGCCGGACUCGGACCCUCAGCCUCUGGACGCGGGUGACGGUCUCAUCUGGGUGGUGGGACCCGUGCUGGCUGUGGUCUUCAUCAUCUGCAUCGUCAUCGCCAUCCUGCUCUACAAGAAUAAACCUGACAGCAAACGCAAGGACUCUGAGCCGGGAACUAAAUGUUUGCUGAAUAAUGCUGAGAUGAUGGCGCACAAUCCCACGGACCCUGUGGAGAUGAGACGCAUCAACUUCCAGACACCAGGUAUGAUGAGUCACCCGCCCAUCUCCAUGUCUGAGCUGCCCGAGCACACGGAGCGCCUGAAAGCCAACGACAACCUGCAUCUGUCGCAGGAGUACGAGUCGAUUGAUCCCGGGCAGCAGUUCACAUGGGAACAUUCAAACCUGGAGGUGAACAAACCAAAGAACCGCUACGCUAACGUGAUCGCGUAUGACCACACGCGUGUGAUCCUCGCAACGACAGACGGCAUUAUGGGUAGUGACUACAUCAACGCCAACUACAUCGACGGUUACAGGAAGCAGAACGCGUAUAUCGCCACCCAGGGGCCGCUGCCGGAGACCUUCGGGGAUUUUUGGCGGAUGGUGUGGGAGCAGAGAGCAGCUUCAGUGGUCAUGAUGACCAAACUAGAGGAGAAAUCACGGAUCAAGUGUGAUCAAUACUGGCCCAGUCGCGGCACAGACACCUACGGGACGGUCCAGGUCACUCUGCUGGACACCAUGGAGCUGGCCACAUUCUGUGUGCGAACCUUCUCUCUGCACAAGAGCGGCUGUAAUGAGAGGAGAGAGGUGAGGCAGUUCCAGUUCACGGCUUGGCCCGACCACGGCGUUCCCGAAUAUCCCACUCCGUUCCUGGCCUUCCUCCGCAGGGUCAAAGCGUGCAACCCGCCGGACGCCGGCCCCGUCAUCGUCCACUGCAGCGCUGGCGUGGGCCGCACCGGCUGCUUCAUCGUGAUCGACGCCAUGCUGGAGCGCAUCCGUCACGAGCGGACGGUGGAUGUGUACGGUCACGUGACCCUGAUGCGCUCGCAGAGGAACUACAUGGUGCAGACGGAGGAUCAGUACGGCUUCAUCCACGAGGCGCUGCUGGAGGCCGUGGCCUGCGGGAACACAGAGGUGGCGGCGCGCAGCCUCUACUCCUACAUACAGAACCUGUCGCAGGUGGAGGCCGGAGAACACGUGACCGGCAUAGAGCUGGAGUUCAAGCGUCUGGCCAACAGUAAAGCGCACACCUCCAGGUUCGUCAGCGCUAAUCUGCCCUGCAACAAGUUCAAGAACCGGCUGGUGAACAUCAUGCCGUACGAAACCACCCGCGUGUGUCUGCAGCCAAUCAGAGGCCUGGAAGGGUCCGACUACAUCAACGCCAGCUUCAUCGACGGAUACAGGCAGCAGAGGGCAUAUAUUGCGACGCAGGGGCCGCUAGCAGAGACCACUGAGGACUUCUGGCGCAUGCUGUGGGAACACAACUCCACCAUCGUGGUGAUGCUGACCAAACUGCGUGAGAUGGGACGGGAGAAAUGCCAUCAGUACUGGCCAGCCGAGCGCUCGGCGCGCUAUCAGUACUUUGUAGUGGAUCCCAUGGCAGAAUACAACAUGCCGCAGUACAUCCUGAGAGAGUUCAAAGUCACUGAUGCCAGGGACGGACAGUCCAGAACCGUCAGACAGUUCCAGUUCACCGAUUGGCCAGAACAAGGAGUUCCAAAGUCAGGCGAGGGUUUCAUUGAUUUCAUUGGACAGGUGCAUAAAACCAAGGAGCAGUUUGGUCAGGACGGACCAAUCGCAGUCCACUGCAGUGCGGGCGUCGGGCGUACGGGUGUCUUCAUCACCCUGAGUAUCGUCCUGGAGCGGAUGCGUUACGAGGGUGCUGUGGAUAUCUUCCAGACCGUCAAAAUGCUGCGCACACAACGACCAGCGAUGGUGCAAACUGAGGACGAGUAUCAGUUCUGCUAUCAAGCCGCUCUGGAGUACCUUGGAAGUUUUGAUCACUAUGCAACAUAAGAAGAACACCAACCUGUCCAACACCUUCCCCCUCAACAACCCCACAAACACCCGCAGAGGAACGACGACGACACGUGAAACACACACGGACAGCGACGCAGAGCAGACGUUCUCUCAGGAACUCCAGGAGACGCUCUGCGUCAACAACGCAAACUAUUACCUCAGUGUUCAAAUAUUGAUAUUAAUGUUGUGGUCGGCUUUUUAGAAUUAUUAAACUGUGGAUGAAGAUCUUCUUCAUAACAAGAGGAAAAUAUUACAUGUACAAAAUCUAUUUAAAGCAAAACAACGAGAAAAAAAAAAAAAGAAACUAUGAAAUCAAAAGCCUGGAUAAUUGCUGCACCCUUCAGUGGGAGUUUCUUCGAACUGUAUUUGCCAACGUCAGACGUGAAAGAGCGCGACGGAGGGAACGCGAGCCGGUCUGUGCCUGCCUGAGUCAUCGUUGCCAUCCCGAACGAAUGCGUCGGCGCCGCAGAACGGAAGCAGAUCUCCUACCUUCUGUGCCUAACGGAGCGACCGCAGAACCGCAGCCAACGCCGUACAUUAGCACACGUGAUAUAAUCGCUUUCCUGUCCUGAUCCUCGGGAGCUGUGCGCGAGACGGACUGGACUCUGUGAAUACUGUAUUCGGUGUGUCUCUACAUGACUAUAUGCUGCUUACACCGUGUUUGGAGGCCGAGGGAGUUUUGAAUCUCGUAUCCGUAUCAUGUUCUUUUGCUCCUUUCUGCUGUGGCAUAAUGUACUCCGCUGUGUCUUUAUGGUGGGACGACGAAGAGCCUCAAUUAUUGGGUUCAAAGAUAAAUGCACGUUCUAGAGGAAUCGCCAGAUUCAUUCCCCAGUAUUUCCAGCCACGCGUCAAACGCUAGAAAGAUCUUCUGAGACGGUUGCAUUCCUCAUCCGUUUGACUCGUUUCUGGUCGAGCCGAACCCGUCGAAACUCUUCUUGUCAUGUUUAGUUUAGCGCAGGCGUGAUGUUUAGGAGUAGCGCAAGAAACGAGCCGGUUCUGAGAUCUCCACCUGAGACGUGAAGUGAGCCUUAUCGUUGUUGUCAAAUAUUUAAUCGACCUGAUUUUUUUUAUUUCGUUUUGUUUAUAUUAUGCUUGAAUUUUUAAGGAUCUAUUUAUUUAUAUGAUUUUUAUGGCAAUAUAAUUCGUGAGCUGUGGUGUAGUUGGCCAGCUAAUGUGACUGUACAUGGCUCAGAUGUACAGUGUUGUGCUUCGUAACCCUCUCAGAUAUUUUAUAUUUCCUGUGCACUGAUUGUGUUCUAGAGGAAGCCAACGGCCCGCGGCCCUCCGGAGCCCAAACCUUACCGAAACGGUCAUGAAGUAUCGCUAACUUCGCAAACAAAACGCACGUGUUCUUAGACAUUACACACGUUUCUCAUCAGCAUUAUCAGUCAAACUAAACGAGUUAAAGCACACGCAGAGAGACGACAUCAGACUCAGAUCAGCGUCACAGAUCUGCAGUGUACAGUACAGUGAUGCACCGCGGUAAACCCAACAAAAACUACCACGGUAAUACCAUGUUAUCAUGAUUGAAAUGUGAUGGAUGGCUGAUAUAAAGAUUUUAAGCUGCAGUCAUGUUUAGUGUUAAAUUCUGCAAAUUUUCAGUCAUUUUAACCGGAACCCACAUGAUUCUCAUGAAAGAUUCCCACAGGCAGAUUUUAUUUUGAUUGCAUGGAUUCACCAACAAUAAGCUGCUUGGUUUAAACGUGAUUUGUGUGAGUUGUGCUUUUUACAUCACACUACUGACCAGAAAGUUACGAGAGCUCGUUUCCGCCAAUAUUUUUAUAUAAAAAUAAAGAAGGCAAUCGCAACUUUUUAUUUCACAAUUCUGAGUUUACAUCCCAAAAUGUGUUUAUAAAAUAAAAAGGUAAAUGCAACUUUCUAUCUCACAGUACUGCUUUUCUUUCUCGUAACUGAGUUUAUAUCUUGCUGUUCAGACUUCUCAGAAUUGCAAGUUUAUAUCUCGCAAAUUACAAGUUAUAAACUCGCAACUGCAUUUCGCGAUUCUGAGUUUAUUGAGAAUUGUGAGAAAAAAGUCAGAAUUGCAUUUACAUUCAGUCAUUUAGCAGACGCUUUUAUCCAAAGAGAAUUACAAAUGAGGACAAUAGAAGCAAUCAAAACCAAGAAGAGAACAAUGAUAUGCAUUGAAUUGUGAGUUAAACUCCAAUUACCUUUUUCUUUGAUUUUAUUAUUAUUUAUUGUUAGUAUUAUUUUAUUCUGUGGUGGAAAUGGGCUUCCAAUAAAAAGACAAUAGAAAAUUCCUCUAAUGUGACUGCACUUUUACACAGUAUUGCUGAAAUUAUUAUCCGUACUUUCUGUAGAUUUCAGAAAAUGAUGCUUCUGCUUCUUCAGGUGAAUGUGGUUGUUGGCUGAUGCUGAUGAUCUCAGUAAUGACCAGAUAUCAGCUGAUCGACCGCGGUAUCCGCAUCACUGUACCGUAGCACGAGCUCAUCCUAGUAAAGGAGACGCUGAUCUGCAGUGUUCCUCUCGUCAUGAAUGAAAGCACAUUGAGACAUGAUUCUGCUGCUCAUCUCAAUCAGAUAUUCUCUAUGAAAUAUGAAAUGUUCCUUUGGAGAUGAAAGCACACAAACGAACCAAAAGCAACAACUGAUCAGACGACAGUGUGCCGUGUGAAGGUGGGCCGCGUGCUGACCUACAGUAGUGUUUCACUUCUCUGCUUAUUGAUUUCAGAUCAUGUAUGUAGAUAUGUCAACUUUGUAUUAAAACUGAACGACUGGAUAUACUGACGUGAA